AUGGAAGCAUCGAUAGCAUGCUCUCUACCUCUGCAUGGAGUAGUCAAAGUGAAAUCACACACCAACAUUGUUCCAACAACCACUUCCCCCAAACCUCACUCUACUGUCACUUCAACCAAAUCAUCUCUACUAUGCAAAGUUCAGCCUCAACCGCUGUUGUACCUCUGCACAUCAAGAAUCAACAGCUUCAGGGCUGGUCCGAUUCAGUGUGGCAAUUCGUCGAACGGGUACAGUGCGAACGAAGGUAGAGGUCUUCGGGAAUGGAUUGAGCAGGUUGGUGACGCCAUAUCAACGGCAUUUCCAUUGUGGGUGACAAUUGGGUGCGUUUUGGGAUUGUUGAGACCCAGUUGCUUCAAUUGGGUCACACCAAAAUUGAACAUUUUGGGCCUGACCAUUAUCAUGCUUGGUAUGGGUAUGACCCUAACCCUUGCUGAUCUUCAUGGGGCUCUUGCCAUGCCUAAGGAAGUCUUCUCGGGUUUUGUUCUUCAGUAUUCGGUGAUGCCAAUAACUGGAUUUCUUGUCAGCAAACUUUUGAAUCUUCCAUCACAUUAUGCAGCAGGUUUAAUAUUAGUUGGGUGCUGUCCAGGCGGCACAGCUAGUAACAUUGUUACAUAUCUUGCACGUGGAAAUGUGGCGCUUUCUGUGAUUAUGACAGCUGCAAGCACCAUAGGUGCCGUGGUCAUGACUCCUUUUCUGACCUCCAAACUGGCUGGUAAAUAUGUAACUGUGGAUGCAUCUGCCUUAUUCAUUUCAACAUUGCAAGUUGUGCUUUUUCCUGUGUUGGCUGGUGCAUUUCUAAAUCAGUAUUUUCAACCUCUUGUUAAACUUGUCUCUCCAUUGAUGCCACCCAUGGCUGUAGCAGCUGUGGCAAUUUUAUGUGGAAGUGCUAUUGCUCAGAGCUCUUCAGCCAUCCUUAUGUCUGGUGGACAAGUGAUUUUAGCCUCCUCUCUUCUUCAUGCUUCAGGGUUUUUCUUUGGUUAUAUACUAGCAAGAAUGCUUGGGAUAGACGUGUCAUCAUCACGAACCACAUCCAUUGAGGUUGGCAUGCAGAACUCAGCUCUUGCGGUUGUUCUUGCUAUCAAACACUUUGGAGAUCCCCUAACUGCAGUCCCUGGUGCUGUUUCAAGUGUGAUUCAGGCAAUCUUUGGGAGCAUGCUAGCAGGAAUUUGGAGACAAUCUAUACCUGCUGAGAUGAAAGACUGA